UUUAGAAUAGGCAUGAAGGGGAAUUCCCAAGUUAUACCUUUGUCGUAUAGAAAGUACAAGGAUAACAUACAUAGCAACACCAUGGAAGUGGAAGAGAUGAAGGAAGAUGAAUUCAGGGGCCUAUUGUCAGAUGUUUCAAAAUGGUAUGAUGAGCGUGAGGGAUCCAUCAAUAUGCUGAAGGUUUUGUACACAGAUCAUGUGUCUAGGGCUGAGCUGUGUAAAGCAUGCAAAACAAGAGACUUACUGGAAUUGUUGGUUAGUUCUGGUGAUACAGAUUCAACGGAUAUGUCUUUAAUAUAUGAUACAAUAAAUGCAACUAAACAAUUUGGCUUGGAAAAGGAGUUAAAAAAACGAAUACCAUCAUUCCCAAAUGUAAAGGAAAUUAAGAUAUCAAAAUUUAAAAUUCACCGACAAAGACUAAUAAAUCUUGGAAAAAAGCUGGACAAGGAUGAUAUUGAGAAAAUCAGUGCCCAUUACAUUACUCCAGUAAAGAAAUAUACAGACAGCUGGAGUUUGAUUAUUGAUCUUGAAAAACAAAGGAUAAUUUGUGCCGACAAGAUGGAGUCAUUCAUCAAACAAUUGAUGGAAUUUGAGCUACACUUGGCUGUUGAAGCACUAAAAGAGGCAAAACCAUUCCCUGCAGAGAAACGCAAGCGGAAUUUAUGCAAGCGGGAUUUACCCACUGAUGAUUGUAAAACACCAAAAAUUCGAACACCUUCUGAAACAGAGCAAAGAGAAAUGAAAGAAAAACCCAGCAAAAACCAAGAAUCAAAAGUUAAAAAAAAUGUGGCAGACUCAUCAAAUGAAGGAACACUCUGCAGUAAUGAAGCUACCAAGACUCAAGAUGCUGUAACAGAACCACCGACCAAAAAAAAAAAAGAAAAACCCAGCAAAAAACGAGAAUCAAAAGUUAAAAAAAAUGUGGCAGACUCAUCAAAUGAAGGAACACUCUGCAGUAAUGAAGCUACCAAGACUCAAGAUGCUGUAACAGAACCACCGACCAAAAAAAAAAAAGAAAAACGCAGCAAAAAACGAGAAUCAAAAGUUAAAAAAAAAGUGGGAGACUCAUCAAAUGAAGAAAGACUCUGCAGUAAUGAAGCUACCAAGACUCAAGAUGCUGCAACAAAAUCACCGACCAAAAAAAAAAAAGAAAAACCCAGCAAAAAACGAGAAUCAAAAGUUAAAAAAAAAGUGAGAGACUCAUCAAAUAAAGAAAAACCCAGCAAAAAACGAGAAUCAAAAGUUAAAAAGAAAGUGGGAGACUCAUCAAAUAAGAUGUUUCAAAAAGGAGGCUCACCUUUGUAUGAUACAAAACAACAGAGGUCCAUGGGUUGUGAGAAUGAAGGUCUGCCUGAAAAAUUAAGGAAAAUGGAUCCAUCUGAGAUGUUUAUGCACUUUAUUCAACUUUAAUUUGUAGGCAGGUAAUGAACGACUCCCAUGAUAAGGUGCCGGCUUAAAGCAAGGAUUACAGUUGAAGUUUUCAUUAAAGGAAUUCGUCCAAGGCUUUGGCUAUGUUCUCACACGGCAGCUAACGGUUAGCACGAUCCGGAUCCUGUUAACCGUUAGCUGCCGUGUGUCCAUGCGAGAAAAUCCCGAUCCGGAUACCAACAAUAUGAUGAUAGAAUCA